GAACUUUAUUCUGAUGUAGUGAAUAUAAAAGAUACCAAUCCCAGUAAUGCAGCUUAUACAGUGUAUACGUGUACAACAGAACGUGAAGUCGGUAGUUACACCAGUUAGGAUGGAGAUUCUUGGCUUCUUGUUCAUUGAUAUUUCCAUAACUUUUAGUAGUCUGUUUUGCAAAGCUCUUAGAGUGCAGGGGAUAUGUAAACCAACUGAUGGCGAGUAUCGAUGUUGUACUGACUACAAGCAAGUGGAAAGCCGCUGCAUUCCUUGCAUUGGGUCCUUCGGGAUAAAUUGCACUGGAGGGAUUUGCCACUCUGGAUACUACGGUUUUGGAUGUCAAAAGUUAUGCACGUGCAAAGGAAAUGAAGUUUGUGAUCCCGUAGUCGGAUGUCAAGCAGUGGAAGGUAAUUUAUGGUGGACAAGACUAUCUAUUGCUGAGGCACUAGCGAUCACCUUCUCUGUUUCAUUUGUCCUCAUCGUAAUUUCUGUCAUCAUAUUUAAGAGAAAAUACUCAAGCCGUGUGCCGAGAACCUAUGUAGAAGAAAGACUGCCAGAGAACGCUCUGUAUCACUUGUACGUAGAUAUGGAGAAUGGAUAUGAAAAAUGCGAACCGGGUUCAAAAACCAACUCAAACGGAGAAGGAAAGUUUACCAAAGACAAGAAUUCCGAUUCCAAAGAAGAAAAAAUAAAGACACAAAAAGAAAAGCCAGGAAAGUUUUCAUCAUUUCUGUCUCGGAGACAACAAGCUGAAUCCGACGCUGACAUCCACAGCUAUAUAUCUGUUGUGUCAUCAACAGAGGGGUCACUGUCGAAAGACAUAAAAUCAUCAUCAACAACUAAAGCUAUUCCAACAACACCGGAAGGAAAACCAGUAGCUUCAACACAAGCAAGUAAUACAGGAACUGACGCAAAAGGAACAGCAACAUUAAAGACAAUUGUAACAUCAAAAAGGACCUCGAGAAUCACAGACACCAUACAUUUCUUUGAGAACAGUCGCAAUUCAGAAAACCACGACUGAUGUCAGAAUAAUCCAAUUGCUCAUUCUGUGGACUGCUCACUACUAUCCAUCAAAAUUCAAAAAGUCUAUAUCUAUAUCCAAAAAUAAAGAAUUUAGAGUGUU